GUCAACUUGACUGGCGACCUUUCCCCUCCGCCCCGUUCCUGAGGUGCUGAGUUCUGAGCGGCGCAGCCUAGCGUUAGAACGAAGGCAAGAUGGCGGACGUGCUGGAUCUUCAUGAGGCUGGGGGCGAGGAUUUCGCCAUGGAUGAGGAUGGGGACGAAAGCAUCCACAAACUGAAAGAAAAAGCGAAGAAACGGAAGGGCCGCGGCUUCGGCUCCGAAGAGGGGUCUCGAGCGCGGAUGCGUGAGGAUUAUGACAGCGUGGAGCAGGAUGGUGAUGAACCCGGACCACAACGCUCUGUUGAAGGCUGGAUUCUCUUUGUCACUGGAGUCCAUGAAGAAGCCACCGAAGAAGACAUCCAUGACAAAUUUGCAGAGUAUGGGGAAAUAAAAAACAUCCACCUCAACCUGGACAGGCGUACAGGAUACCUGAAGGGGUAUACGCUAGUUGAGUAUGAAACAUACAAGGAGGCUCAAGCUGCUAUGGAGGGACUCAAUGGCCAGGAUUUGAUGGGUCAGCCAAUCAGCGUGGACUGGUGUUUUGUUCGGGGUCCACCCAAGGGCAAGAGGAGAGGUGGCCGAAGACGCAGCAGGAGUCCAGACCGGAGGCGUCGCUGACAGGCCCUCUCUUGUCCAGGCGUUCUCUCCAUCGAUUCCAUUCUAUGGACAAGGGUCAGAACAAAAGCAAGAUGCAGCCUUGGAGAAACAGAGCUGGGAUGGAGCUCACUGUUUAUAUUUAAUAUCUUAUCCUAUUGAUUAGUGUUUCUUUUGAGUUAUGAAUAAAUGUCCCAUUUUUGUUUUCUACAUUUAAAGUUACUUUCCUGUUC